AUGGAUAACCAAGAGUUCUAUCCUCCCGGUCUUGCCGCCGACGACGCUUCCUUACCAAGUCCCAUUCAACCGCAUCUCGAUACUCUUUUCGCGGAAUUCGCUCGAUCUCGCUCAAGAGCGUCCCUGCCAUCCUCCUCGUCUGUCCUGUCUCACCGAGAGACGCGCGAUAACCGCGGUCAUGCCAACAGUGACAAGCCCGAGUCCAAAGUAGACCUCCGCGCGCUCGAAUACGUCGAGGAUUACGAUUCGCAUUUGAUGUGUCCGAUCUGCCAUGUCCCAUUCGUGCAGCCAGUGGUGCUCGAGUGCGACCAUACUUUCUGCGAUUCUUGUUUGAAGGAAUAUCGAGAAGAAGCCAACAGUGAUGCUCGCUCACGCUGUCCCACCUGCCGGAGUAUCCUUCUUUCUGCGCCACGGAAAGCCUCUCGGCUCAUCGUCAACAUGUGUAAUGAGAUACCAGUCCGCUGUCCGAACGAGGGCUGUAAGGAGACACACCCACGAGGCUGUAUUGAAAACCAUGCGACCAAAGAGUGUCCUUACGAACGUCUGCAGUGUCCCGACCCUACCUGUGGCAAGGUGGUACGGAGGAAGAACUAUGUACCAGACCAAUGUAUACACAGUUCGCAUAUCGAAUGCGAAUGUGGGGAGGUGAUUGAACUUGGCAAGGGAGAGUGGUUGAGGCAUAAGGAUGAAGAUUGCCCAAAUACCGGCGUCAAGUGUGAGGAUUGCGGGCAGAGAAUCUCGGCGAAGGAUUACCUUGCGGGAAGCGGCGGCCAUAUUUGCAGCAGUGACAACAGCCAUACUUGUCCUGGAAAGGAAUACGGCUGUACAGACGAGUUUUCACCAGAAGACGCAGAGGCACACUUCAAGACUUGCCCUAUUGCCCGGCUGGCCCCCGUUCUCCGCAAACAAACCCAGCUUAUACAGUCACUUCAAGAGCAGUUGACCAUGGUCAAAGUGCGCAACGAGGUUCUGGAGAGCGGUUUUGACAAGCUCAACGAUGUGCUCAAUGACCGUGUCUUGCCUCACGUCGCUCACUCGGACCAUUCUCCCGCGGAAGCAUCGGAUGUGGAGGAGAUCGAACGGGACCAUAUCCCCACGGCAUUGUCGCAGCGUGACCUGCUCAUGUCGGCACGGCUUCGCGCCCUAACACCAUCGCCAGACCGGGACUCUUUGUCGAUUUCGCAAACACAGCAACACCUGUUGGCGCUUCACGAAUCCUUGCGGGGAGAUGUGUCGAAUAUGGAAAACGACAUUUCAGCGUUAUCCACCACCAUCAACGAUAUCGAUGCUCGCACGUCGAUGCAGAUCAUGAACGAGACGCUGCGCAUCAAGGAGGACUUGGCCCACACCAACGCGGCCCUUUUCAGCACGCGAGCGCAGGUUCAGUGGCUGCUAAAUAGAGAGAGGAUAGGCCAGCAACAGCAGGCCAUGGGAAUGCGUGGACGAGCCCCUUCGGCGCAGCCGCCGCCAGUAUCCGCGCGCAGUUCUGUUUCCGAGGGAGGUGAUUCAGUCGGGCAGAGUUCGACGUCGGAGUCUCAUCCGUUGUCGAAUCUCGGGACCAGUCCUCCUACUCUCCGACCUCUAAUGAGGCGGCUUAGUGGUGGCAGCCAGGAGAGAGUCAAGUUGUAA